AUGCUCGAUUGGCGUAGAGCACGAGUGCCACGCAUUGUCUCUGACGGUGGGAGGACACUCCGGGUGUUCAAUGGUUUGCUACUGCCCGCCUCAAGCCAGGCAGCCCCUGGUCAAAUUGGUGCAAACCCGCCAAAAACCCACCUGCGUCUGGCCGUGGUCGCAGGUGCGUAUCCAAUUACGGUCGCAAAACAUAUGAUAACUGUUCCAGAACCUCAAAGGCUGCGUGUGACGGCCGUCAAGCAGAUCCCCAUCUGUCUCUGCAAUCACAUUCCCGAGCUGGAUCUGCUCUCCACUGCCUUGUGGGUCAGGCUAUUGAGCCAAAGGCUCCGGGCGGAGUCCCUCAAGCAAACCUCCAAACCACCCACUGCCUUGUGGGUCAGGCUAUUGAGCCAAACGGCUCCGGGUGGAGUCCCUCAAGCAAACCUCCGAAGCACAACGACCACCUCGCGUGCGAUUGCCCACCAAUGCAAUCGUAUGCCUGCACGCAAAGCACUCAGCAUCGGGUGCUGGAACGUGCGCACACUACUGGACCGGAACUCCAGCGAGCGCCCGGAGCGACGCACUGCACUGGUCGCAAUGGAGCUGGCGCGCUACCACAUCGAUAUUGCGGCGCUCAGUGAAACUCGGCUCGCUGAGCAAGGUAAGUUACAUGAAGCAGGUGCUGGCUACACAUUCUACUGGGUGGGGAACGCCGCCUCAGCACCACGUGAACAUGGGGUCGGAUUUGCAAUAUCCAACCGCCUGAAUGGCCAGCUGGUGGGUGAACCAACGGGCAUCAGCGCGCGGCUGAUGACUGUUCGCCUACGACUCGGAAGAGGUAAGUUUGCUACUUUCAUAUGCACGUACGGUCCGACCAUGUGUUAUCCUGAUGACACGCCUGAUCAGUUCUACACUGAGCUAUCCUCCGUGAUACGGUCUGUGCCGAAGAGCGACCGACUAUUUCUGCUGGGUGAUUUUAACGCGCGCGUUGGACGUGAUGCAUCGGUGUGGACAGAUGUUAUCGGUGCGCAUGGCAUUGGUUCAGCGAAUGCGAACGGUGACAGACUGCUCUCACUGUGUGCCACUCACGGCCUGACGAUCACGAACACUCGGUUUGCACUGAGUGCGAGUGAUAUAGCAACUUGGACGCACCCACGGAGUGGUCACGCUCACCUGCUCGACUAUGUCAUCGUACGUCAGCGUGAUAUGCGUGAAGUGCGCAUGACACGUGUACUGCGUGGAGCUGAGUGUGGCACUGAUCACAAAUUGGUUCGGAUCAAACUGUACAUAUAUUUUCGUAAAUCUAUGUAUUGCCCUCCCGCCGUGAAUCGGCGUAAAUUUAACAUUCUCUCCCUCGGUACUGUGGCGAAACGUACUGAGCUGGAGAAGGCGAUGGCUGCACGCCUGUGUGGUGAUGUGGACUGUAUAGCCACAGUGGGCGACCUGUGGCACCACAUUCGCGACCAGGUGACAGCUGCUGCGGAGGAGACCAUCGGGCACGCAAACUGUAAGCAGCCUGAUUGGUUUGAUGACAACAAUGUGACGAUUGGGGCAUUGGUGUCAGAGAAGAAUGCAGCAUUUGCUGCACAUGUUGCAGACCCCAGUGACUUGGGGAAGAGUAGUCAGUUUCGCAAACUUCGACGGCGACUGACCCGAGAGCUCCGUCGCAUUAAAAAUGCAUGGUGGACGGAGAAGGCGAAGCAGAUGGAAUGCUACGCCGAACGCCGUCAACACAAGGAAUUCUUUGACUCCUUGAAGGCGGUGUAUGGACCGAGAUUGGAGCCGCUGAGGACACUGAUCGAUGGUAGUUCAGGCGCUACCUGCACCCAGACUGCAGACAUAUUGCAGGUCUGGCGGAAACACUUUGACUGUCUCUUGAACAACCGUUCAGAGAUCGACUGGCCUACAUUGAAUGGCCUGAAGCAGCACGAUGUGAAGGCGGAUCUGGCGGAUACGCCGAGACUGGAUGAGACGCAGAGAGCACUUGCUCAGCUGCGAAACGGCAAAUGUGCCGGAGGUGACGGGAUCCCACCUGAAGUAUUGAAACACGGUGGACCCGCGUUGUUGACUGCGCUGCACCACUUGGUGCAACGCGUGUGGAUUGAGGAGGAGGUGCCUGCUGAGCUGAAGGAUGCCCUUGUGCUACCACUGUACAAGGGCAAAGGUAGCAAGCAAUGUUGCACGAAUUAUCGUGGCAUCAACUUGCUGAGUUGUGUGGGCAAGGUGAUUGCCCGAAUCCUGCUCAAUCGCCUCGUGAGUCAGAUUGUGGAACCAAACGUGGCGGAAGAGCAAUGUGGAUUCCGUUCGGGUCGCAGCACUAUAGAUAUGGUGUUUGCGGCUCGUCAGUUGCAAGAGAAGUGCAGAGUACGACACCAGCCUUUGUACUCGCUUUUUGUUGAUUUCACCAAGGCAUUUGAUACGGUGAACCGCGAGGCACUGUGGCUGGUGUUGGGUAAGUUUGGUUGCCCGCUGGUAUGCGAGCGCGGGUGCAGCUGA